GAUGAACGUACGCAAAUUUGACGACGUAAAAGAAAUUAUCCGUGAAAUAUUGGCAAACCAGCACCCCUAUUCUGCGAGACAGACGUAAUAUAUUUUUCCUCCUGUACCGCGUGGUGCGAUCAUCCUGCGUCGUGUGUUGACUCAUACCUGCUCGGACUGCAAAUUCCAAAUGUAUAACUCAUAACGUUAUGUCGUGGAACGGCUAGAUCGAGACUCAACGCUCCCGCAUUUGAUAUAAAACGCAUUUAAUAUAAAAAUCGCCCGCGAAAUCAAAAUGAUAAUCGCAUCCCUGUUGUUCUUCUGCGGCGUUUACUCUGCGUGCGCUCAAAAGUAUGAGGGCUGUUUUGAGAGUUCCUAUUCAAAUAACAGUCUACCCACUCCUGCUUUGGCGCACGCUAGUACGCCCGCCGAAUGUGUCAAAAAAUGUCAUUCUCAGUACUACAUGUUCGCAGGGCUAAUGAACGGGCAGCAGUGCUAUUGCAUUAACAAAUUCGGCCAGCCAUCGGACAGCUGUACUGUUCCCUGUGCCUCUGAUUCUUCUUACUAUUGUGGCAGCUAUGAAGCUAUGAGCGUUUACGCUACCGGUCAGCGAGGUCCAAGUCCACCGAGGAGAGUAUCGGUAAGUGAGGAGACAAAAGAUACUUUUAAAAUAACAUGGCAACCGCCAGAUAUACCCAAUGGAAAGGUAAUACUUUACACCAUCCGCGCCGUCGUCGAAGAAACGUUCUCAAGCAACGAUUUACCACCUAUCGAAAGUCAGAUUCAAGGAGGUUCGUCCAACAUGACGAUUCUGAGAGGUCUUCAACCUGGAACUAAAUACCACAUAUCUAUCACCGCCAGUAAUACACAGGAGUCCAGUGAAUCGGCGAAUGUUACGGGGUGGACUCUGAUAGGUCCACCCGACAAACCAGCCGUGCCCAAAAUAUUGGAACGCGGAAACAAUACGAUUACCGUCAUGUUUACCGAGGGUCACAGCGAGUAUGGACCGAUUAGCGCGUAUCAAGUUCUUGUCGUACAAGCUGACGCUAUACCUCCGCCGGCUGAGGAUGAAUAUUUGAAUUACAAAUCCGCAUUGGAACAAGGGUUAAGUUACUACAUUGCUGCGCAAUUCGACCCGUUGGACUUUCACAGUUACAGAAAGUUCGUCGUGGGCGAUGGAAAAAUAAUCGGCGGUUAUCAUAAUGUCCCAUUGAAAGACCAUUUCGCUUCCGCGCAAAUCGGCUUGGUGAUAAUCUCGCGUAUGGCAACGUAUGAACAACGUUCCUAUUCCAAUUUGACCAGUAUCAUACUUGGUCACGAAACGAACCAAAUGGACACGACUGCUCUUGCACUUUGCAUAGCGAUCACGCUGCUGAGUAUACUACUCGCUAUUUCGAUCCUGGUAUAUUUCGUGCUGCGACGGCGACACGAGAGAUUCCACAUGCAGAAGUUGCCGGAGCAACAGGAGCUCACGUUGCAGGGUCCGGUAUACGAGGUGGAUAAUAUGGGCUACAUUCCGGAGGAUAUCCCUGAAAGGGUGAAUCAUUAUCAAGAGUUGAAGAAGAAAGUCUGGAGUAUAUCGCAAAACGACCUGUCCAUUGAUGAUCACGUUAUACGCAGAGGACGAUUCGGCAGCGUUCACACCGGAACCGUUUUGAAGGAUGACAAAUCUUGUCCAGUAACGAUCCACACCAUAGUCGAUGGCGCCUUGAAGGGAUCUGAUAAGAGACACAUGCUGAGAGAAUUAGACGUGUGCAUCCGAGCAGGUUCUAUGAAAUAUCUCGCGAGUCUCGUAGGGACCUGCGAGACCACCGACAUGUUAUACGUCGUGUUGGAAUUACCGCCUCAGAUCUUGAAGGACCGUCUGUUAGGCGCGCGAUCGGGAGAUGUGUUUCCUAUAGAUCGUAUAAUGUUCAUUUCGUCCUCGAUAGCGAUCGCCUUGCAAUAUUUAGCGAGCCAUAAAAUCAUUCAUAGUCGCCUCUGUGCACGAAGCGUGGGACUGACGAGCGAUGGGACCCCGAAACUUAUAGGGCAUGGUAUCGCCAAGUAUGCCUUACAAGACUUAAAGUAUGCAAGGUGGAUGGCCAUCGAGUGCUUCGAUAAUCAGACAAAGCAUCAGCCAGGCGUGAUAUGGGCAUUCGGCGUGCUUCUCUGGGAGAUAUUUAGUAUGGGUGGUACACCGUACUCAAAUUUGACACUCGACAGCGAAGUGGAGGACGCGAUUAUGCAAGGUGUCCGGUUACCGCAAUUAGUGGAUGUCACAGAUCCGAUUUAUGAAGUUAUGUUAUCCUGUUGGCGAGACGAUCCCGAAGAACGGCCCACGUUCGAUGAACUUAUACGAUUGGAUACCUUGAGUGUUUGUCCUAUUACUGCAAUCACAGAGCCCUAUUUACCAGAAUUGGAGUUGAAUUAACAUUCUCAUUUGCUAUCUUUAGACA